AUGAAGGAGAAAGCGGCCAACGGAGGAGAGGAAGCCAAGAGACGACGGCACAAGGAGGAGAUGCCGAGGCAAACGGAGGAGUUUGGAAGAAAGGACAGCGGCAGGGCAGGAGCGGAAGCCGGAGGCGCUGGAAAGCUAACGGAGCAGCGGGACACAGGCGGCGAGGCCGCAAGCGCAGCGGCACAGGCGGACGAGGCCGCAGGCCCAGGCGGCGAGGACGACAGAGCAGAGGAGCGCGGAAACGGAGGAGAGGAAGAGGACAAAGGAGGCGAGGUAGCACCGAAGCCGAGGCACGGGAGGCAGCGGAAGCUAGGAGCCGCGGAAGCGGGAAGCGGAAAGGAGGCGAGGACAGACGGUGAAGAGGCACAGGGGCGAGGAACGAAAGGACGCGGCCCAGGGGCGACGGCGCCGCGCCGCGGCACCGGGGCGCGGAAGCACGGAGCGGAAACCGAGGAGAAGGAAGAAAGAGACGCGGGCAAGGGAGGCGCGUCGCCGGAGCAGCGGACCGCGGGGCGGCCGCAGCGCGCUGCCACGGGCGGCGGCGAAGGAGUAGCGGACGACGGCGCAGAGGGCCCGGCGGCGCUACGCACGGCGCACGCCCACGGAGGAGAGGACGAAGCGCACCGGGCCCCCGGGGCGGACGGCAGAACGCGAGCCGGACAGGGGGAUAGCGAACGAGAAGAGGACACCAAGCAGGCGGGCACGAAAGAGACAGACGGCAAGGGAGGAGAGGAAGAACCACGGAAGAGGAAAACGGCGGAGAGGAAGCAGGGAAGCACGGAAAAGGAGGAGCGGAAAGACAGUAGACGAAGGAAAGGCAGAGCAGGAAGAACAGGAAGACGGAAACGAGGAGGAGCGGCAGAAAGCGCCGAGGCCAAGGAGGGCGCGGAAGACGGCGCGCGGAAAAAGAGGAGCGGGCAGCACAGCGCGCGGCACAAGGAGGAGCGGCAGACCAGGGAGACGCGGCAGGGCGGAGAGGCACGAAGGAGAAGGGAAAGGCGGCGCGGCCGCCACGCGCAGACGGACCCCUCGGCGCGGACGCAAAGAGCCGAGGCCAAGGGGCAGGAGCGCAGACAGCGACCGCUGGCAACACGGCGGAGAGGAGCAGGAGAAAGGGACAAGGAGGAGCGGCCGCAAGAGACGAGUGCCUACGGAGGAGCGGAACACGGGAGCACGGGGACCGGGGGGAGACGGACGCACACGCGAGCGGACCAAGAGUGGGAGGAAGACAGGGAGAAGAGGAAAAGUCGGAGCGGAAGCAAGAGAAGAGAGACCAGGACGGAGAGGCAGAAGGAGAAGCAGGGGGACCAGGCGGCAGCGGACGCAGGACGAGGAACGGCGGAGGGGACGAUGGAGACGAGGAAAAGGCUGGAGAGGAAGAAAGAGAAGAGGAACCGGCGGAGAGGAAGCAGGAGACGAGGACAAAGGGGACGCGGAAGACAGGAGAAGAGGCAACUGAAGGAGAGGAAGGAAAGCGCAGAGGACAAGGAGGGCAGGACAGCUCGGAGACGAGGACAAGGCGGCGCAGGAGAGGGAGAAGAGGAAAAGGAGGAGAGGAAGAUGGAGAACGACAGGAAACGGCGGCGCGGACAGCAGGGAGCCGAGGACCAGGAGGCGAGGGCUGAAGGCGACAGACGGACUGGAGGAGAGGCCGCAGAGAAGAGGCCACGGAGAGAGAGGUCGCAGGCGAGUCGGCAAAGGAGGCGCGGACGACGGCGCAGAGGACAGGGAGCGAAGAGGAAGAAAGAGAAGAGGAUAAGGGGACGCAGGAGACGGACGAAGGCGCAGAGGCACACGAGGAUAGGAAGCACACUGCAGCAGAGGGGCACCGGAGGCGCAGGACGCAAGAGAAGUGGCACCGGAGGCGCGGCAGAGGGAGAAGCGGAACAAGAGGAGAGGCACGACAGCGAAGAGGAACAGGCGGAGAGGCUCAGUCAGGCGCAGAGGAAAUCACGACGGCGAGGAAGAAAGGAGGAGGCAAAGGAGGAGAGUAAGACAGAGAAGGGCCCGGCGGACGACGGAAGAAGGAGACCGAGGCAAACGCAGGCGAACAGAGAAGCGGACGGGCAGGAGAGGAAGAAGGAGAAGCGGGAGAAGGAGAAGAGGCAACGGAGGAGAGGCCGACAGAGACGACGGACGGGUAGAGGGAAGGACGACAGGAGACUCGGUGCCUGGACAAAGAGGACACGAGGCGAGGACCGCCGCGCAGAGGAACACACGGCGGAGCGGCAGACAAGCGACGCUGGCCAAAGCGGCGACGGCAGACGAGACGAGGCACCGGCGGAGCGGCACGCCCAGCAGAAGAGGAGACGAGGAAAAGGGGAGAGGACAGACAGCGAAGCGGAAAGGAGGGAGCGGAAAAAUAGCGUCGAGGCACGGGAGGGAGGGACGAAAAGCGACGCGGCCAAGGCGAAGAGGAAAGGAGGUGGAGGCCGAGGAGAAGGAGGCAAGGCCGGCGCGGACGAAAGAGACGCAGGAACCGGAGGAGAGGCAGAAGGCGAAGAGGACAAAGCAGGCGAGGACGACCGAGAUGAGGACACGGAGGAACGGAAGAAGGCGAAGAGGAAACGAGAGGAGAGGAAGAAGGAGCAGAGGCACGGAGGCGCGGAAGCACGACGCAGAGGACAGGGAGGCAGCGGAAGCAAGCGCCGGAGGAAACGGCGGAGAGGCCGAAGGCGAGAGGAACUAGGAGGAGAGGGCAGAAAGCUGACGAGUACAAGGCUCCGCGACGAGGCCACGGAGGAGAGGACGACGGCGAGAGGACAGGAGGCGCGUAGACGGCGAAGCGGACUCCGCGGCGCGGCCAGACGCGAAGAGGAACAGUCACGGAGAGCAGUAAGGGCGAGGCCGGCGGAGCGGAAGACCCGCGCCGAGGCACCGGCGGAGCGGCCGACGCGCAGCGGACAAGGCGGAAGAGGACGAAGGAGCCGCGGCAAAGGAGGGAGGACGAAGGCGCAGCGGCCCCGGCGGAGCAGGACGAAAGCAGAAGCGGCACACCGGACGGCGCGGCCGAACGGCGCAGCGGCCCCGGCGGAGAGGCGACAGAUCAAGAGGUAA